AUGACAUUUUGUAUGAAUAAUACUUAGUUGUGGUUGAUAAGAUUCAUACAUAUUUGCGCAAAUAACUUAUGCGCAAUUCUGUGUAUGAUUUCUCGCGUAAAGUGUAUAGGCGGAAAUUUCAAAACAAAAUGGAGAGAAAUAACGUAAUUGGACUUUCCUUCAGAAGAAAGCGACGUAGCUUCGUUCCUUUGGAAGAUGAAAGCGAAUCAAAUAUGCCAGCAGAUAGCAAAAGCCCGAAAGAAUCAGGAAAGGCAUUAAAGGAUUCGACAAAUCAACGCAAAUUGACAAGAAAACAAUCUGUCAAAAUGGUCAGAGAAGCAUUUGGAACGUUGAAACAGAAAUUAAAACCAACAAGACGCCAGCGGAAGAUGCUCGUUAACACAAGCUCUCCAUUGCGACCAAUACCUGUGACACCCCAAAGAAGAUCACAAAGGCUGGCAAAUCUUUACACACCAGGGAAAACACCAACCUACCGCAACUAUGAUGCAGGCUUAUUCUCCCCACCCCCAUUUGUAAAGGAAGAUUAUUCAGAAUCUCCACAAUUGAACCUUAGAUCAGCAAGAAGGUGCAAUUUCAGUAGUCCCAGUGGAUAUCAGAAAGACUUGAAGUCUAUUUCCAGUGCCAUACAGGACUUGGCUACAAUGGGUGAUAAUCUGGAUGCAGCUAUAGAUCAAAAUAGUCCUAAAAGGAAAUCUGACAGGACCUCGCAUGUGUUCAUAUAGAGCAACAGAACACACAUGAUGCCAAAUCAUGCCAUACCAUGCUGUUUGU